AAGAAGUUUUUUCCCCACACGUGAACGCGGAGCUGACACCGGACACUGCCAAAACAUCCCACAGAAUUGACUUUCAACUUCAGGACCUGCUGUGAAUCUCUACCGGGAACACCGACAGUAGAAAACAGCUCACCGGGACUGGAGUGUGUGUGUGUGUGUGUGUGUGCGUGUGUGUGAGUGAGUGUGUGUGUGUGUUUUGGAGCGUCAUUAUGCCAUGGCAUCUCUGGGCAGCUCCUUUGUGCAGAUCAAGUUUGAUGACAUCCACUUCUAUGAGAACUGCGGCGGCGGCAGCUUCGGGAGUGUGUAUCGCGCCCGCUGGCUCUCGCAGGACAGAGAGGUGGCGGUGAAAAAACUGCUGAAGAUCGAGAAAGAGGCUGAGAUUUUGAGCGUUCUCAGUCAUCGGAACAUUAUCAAGUUUUAUGGAGCGAUUCUGGAAGCGCCCAAUUAUGGGAUUGUUACAGAGUAUGCCAGUGGCGGGUCUCUGUUUGACUAUCUGUCCAGCGACGACAGCGAGGACAUCAGUAUGCAGCAGAUCAUGACCUGGGCCAUGGACAUCGCUAAAGGCAUGCAUUAUCUGCACUCUGAGGCCCCGGUUAAAGUCAUUCACAGAGACCUCAAGUCCCGAAAUGUUGUGUUAAGCUCAGAUUCAGUACUCAAGAUCUGUGAUUUCGGGGCGUCCAAGUUUCAUUCACACACCACACACAUGUCUCUGGUGGGCACGUUUCCCUGGAUGGCCCCUGAGGUCAUUCAGAGCCUCCCGGUGUCUGAGACCUGCGACACCUUCUCCUACGGCGUGGUCCUGUGGGAGAUGCUGACUCAGGAGAUUCCCUUCAAAGGUCUGGAGGGGCUUCAGGUGGCCUGGCUGGUGGUGGAGAAACAUGAGAGGUUGACGAUCCCCAGCAGCUGCCCAGCAAGUUUCGCCUGUUUGAUGAGAAGCUGCUGGGCGACUGAACCAAAAGAGCGGCCGCUGUUUAAACACAUCCUGUCCACACUGGAGUCCAUGUGGAGCGACACUCAGCUGCCUGACAAGUGCAACACUUUCCUGCAGAAUAAAGCCGAGUGGAGGUGUGAGAUCGAGGCGACUCUGGAGCGUCUGAAGCGUUUGGAAAGAGAUCUGAGCACCAAAGAACAAGCGCUGAAGGAGCGAGAGAGACGCUUGAAGAUGUGGGAGAGGAAACUGAUCGAGCAGUCAAACACACCGCUUCUUCCAAACCUGGCCAUUCACUCCUGGACAGAAGAGCAUGUGCAUUUCUGGAUGGAGCAGAUCUUUGAAGGUGACGGAGAGCUGCAGCAGUACGCCAAUGUCUUCAGACAGAACCACAUCACAGGACAGAGACUGCUGCUGCUGUCCGAGUCUGACAUGAGAGAUCUGGGUGUGACGUCUAAAGGACACAUCAUACACCUGAAGACUGAAAUCGAGAAACUGACCCACGACUACCUGAAUCUGUUUCACUUUCCUCCGCUGAUCAAGGACGGUUCGGCCUCUGAGGAAGCAGACGAGGACUGGAGCAAGACAGUGAACCUGGAGCUGGUGUUUGGGUAUCACUGGAAAGCAGGCACAGGACAAAAGGACUGCAAAUGGAAAAUGUACAUGGAGCUGGACGGGGACGAGGUGGCGAUAGCGUACAUCAAAGACGUGACCUUUAACGCCAACAGACCAGAUGUAGAUGUUUUAAAGAUGACCAAGCCUCCUUUCGUGAUGGAUAAAUGGAUAGUGGGAAUAUCUGGCACACAUACUGUUGACUACAUAGUGAACUAUGAGGGUAACGUGAAAUCUCCGAAGUGUACAAGACACGUUCACACAGUGCAGUGGAGUGCAGACAGCGGAAAAGACGUGAUCAAACCUGUGGAGCUGGUCAUCGAGACGGCGCCGGGCAUCAGGGAGGCGCACAACAGGAGCAGGUCCAACUCAGGUGUGGAUCCCAAAUGGAUUUACAGUCUGAGAAUGAAGCAGAUGAAAGAGCAGGCGGCCCAGGAGUCCCCCAGCAAAAUGAGCCUCCCUCAGUUCCUGUCCGUCAUCAGCAACCAGUCUUCAUAUGCGGCAGCUGUAAGAAGAUCUCCAAACCGCAGUCCUCUCAGUCCCUGGACCGACUCCCGCAGCUCCUCUCCAACUCUCUCCGUCAAACUCUCCAACAUGCACCUGGGCUCCAAAGGCAGCAGUCCGUCCAGCACCACCUCCGAGAGCGCAUCCGAACGCGAGCGGCCCCCGAGCGCUGGAGCCAAACACAACUACAACAAAAAACCCUACUACGAUCACCACACACUGAAGAUGAGCAGUAGAGGAGAUGGAGAACCCAGGAGGUUUCUGCCGCAGAGAGGAUCUAGAGGCUUCCAACAUGCUGGACGACCACGAAACGCACACUCAUACGCAACGCCACCGCACUACCAAAGGCCCAUACCGGGGAUGUCAAUGGCCGCUGAAGGGCCGAAGCAGAAAGUGGCGUCUGAGGAACCAGGGGAUGGGGACUGGAUUAAAGUAGAGAGGAAAAAGACAAACAAACAGGAGUGUAAAUAUCAGGAAGUGAGGCCGGUCAGAGGUCGGUCGCGUAGAGGUGGGAGAGGCGGUGGACGGGGGCGUAACUGAAUGUCUUUUGUGCUUUAGAACUUGCCUUUAUUUCUGCAGCAGUGGUUCUGGAAGUGUUUUUCCCAUUCAUUUUCCCAUAGGGAUUUUUUACUACUGUCUCGUAAUUAAGCCUUGAACCAAACCAAACCAAGUAGGUAUCGCUGGCUGCAUCCUCCAAGUGAGAGGGUAUAAACAGAGGUUGAAGCCAGCUCCAAGCGGGUGGGACUUGAGCUCCAAGUAGGCUGUACAAUCCUGGAGUUUGCAUUUAUUUAUUGUCUCGUACAUGACACAGAGUCCAAUAUUGUACUUUAUGAAUGUCUGCACCUACCCCGACCCUAAACCCAACCUCACAGUUACCUGCUGCCUUUUAACAUCUACACCUACCCCUACCCUAAACCCAACCUCAGAGUAACCUGAUGUGUUUCAUUAAUGUCUACACUAGAGAUGCGCGGAUCAGCUGAAAUGACACCUGAAUUCGCGGCUUCAUACAAAUCAUCCACCCGCCCGCACAUAUUGUUUUAUCUGAUAUAUGUAUCCGCACCCGACCCGCACCCGAUCAUCACUUGAAUAAUUUAAUUCUUUGUUUAAGGCAUGAUGAUGGGUCACCGUGGAUAUUAACAGCAGAUUGGGUGAGCUAUAAUCUGCGCAUCUCUGAUAGGAAAUAAUAUGUUAAGCUUAAACGUUUUUUAAGUAUUUAUUUAUAAAAACAGAAGUUUGUUUUUUGACAACAUUUUCUUCAUUUUUGAAUAGAGAAAGUAAAAAUAAGACAUUUUAGCUUUUACAGAUACAGGAACAAGAUAACAAAAAGGAUGCCACUUCAGCCUAAACGGCAGCUAUGUAGUGUUUACUUAGGGUGCUUUCACACCUACACUUUUGUUUCGGAACGUAUCUCGUUUGCCCAGUUAGCGCGGUUCG